UCCUGCACUCCUGUACCUUGCUCCGCACCUUCUAGCAGCUAUAUAUAUUCGAGAUGUCAAUACACCGAUUCUUGGCAGCCAUGGCAGAGAGCAUAAACAGAGCGAAAGGCGCUGUUGAGAAGGCACUGGCGCGGGUAAAUCUAAACUCUCUAGAAUGGCCUAGCUACAGGCGUGAUGACGAAUUGUUGAUGAUGGAGCUUGCGGUGGAGCUGACAUGGAUGAAAUGCUUCCUCAUCAACAGUGAACGAACGAACCACGGAAGGACGGUUGCCCCCGUCUGGUGUCCGGCCAUCGAACGCCUUGCCGGAAGUUGGGUUCAUAGUCUUCUAAACAAUUCCUAUGUCGCCAGCAAUUCGUUAGGUGAUCUUUGCAAACAAUUUGCCAGUCUUAGACAAAAGAUUCAACCUUUUGUUAUCACCUGUCAGUGCCAUGGUUCCUCCCCCUCGUCAUCCCCUGUUUCUUGAUUUUACAGAGGUGUUUCAUUAGGGAUAGAAAGCUUGUAUUGUUCAUGCGAUCCAGCACAAUACAUAUUUCUAGAUCCGCCUUUAAUUUCCUGCUUUCAUGUAUUCCCCAUUGUAUGAGGAGUAAGUUCGUGUGACUGGUUUGGAUUUGAUGUUUUUGCUUCAUUCACAAGAGCAUAUGAUCUGAUGAUGUCAAAGUUUUAUGUUCAAAACAGUUUUACCUUUUCA